AUGGCAAGUUUUAAGUUGUUGGUUUCUCUAUCCCUCGUCUUGGCUAUCACCUCCCUUCCACUCCCAUCAAGUGCGCAAACUUGUAAUCCCUCCGGAACUCUGGUUUGCAAGGGAAAGUCGUACCCUAAAUAUACAUGCUCGCCGCCUGUAACAGCAAAAACCGAAGCCUUGCUCACACUCAACGAUUUCAGCGAAGGCGGUGACGGGGGAGGACCGUCAUAUUGUGACGGAAAAUACCAUUCAAACAGUGAGAAGGUUGUGGCACUUUCCACCGGGUGGUUUGAUAAUAAAUCGAGAUGUGGGAAGAUGAUCAGAAUUACGGCAAGAAAUGGAAAGACUACGACUGCAAAAGUUGUGGACGAAUGCGAUUCGCGUGCUGGGUGUGAUAAAGAGCAUGCAGGUCAGCCGCCGUGUAGGAACAAUAUCGUAGAUGGGUCUGCAGCUGUGUGGAAAGCUUUGGGACUUGAUCAAGAUGAAGGUGUUGUUCCGGUGACUUGGUCCAUGGCAUAG